CUCGACGAGGCUUCCGUCCGGCACACCACCAUGUCCAAACCUUCCGACCACAUCAAGCGCCCCAUGAACGCCUUCAUGGUGUGGUCCCGGGGCCAGCGUCGGAAGAUGGCCCAGGAAAACCCUAAAAUGCACAACUCGGAGAUUAGCAAGCGCCUGGGCGCCGAGUGGAAGCUGCUGUCGGAAGCCGAGAAGCGCCCUUACAUCGACGAAGCCAAGAGGCUGCGCGCCCAGCACAUGAAGGAGCACCCCGACUACAAGUAUCGGCCCCGUCGCAAGCCCAAGAACCUCCUCAAGAAGGACAGGUAUGUCUUCCCUUUGCCUUACCUCGGAGACACUGACCCCCUCAAGGCGGCCGGGCUCCCCGUGGCAGCCACGGACUCUCUGCUCGGCUCCCCGGAUAAGGCGAGGGCUUUCCUGCCCCCCACCUCCACGCCCUACUCCUUUCUUGACCCCAGCCAGUUGAGCUCCAGCGCCAUCCAGAAGAUGACCGAGGUGCCCCACACCUUGGCCACCAGCACCCUGCCCUACGCCUCCACCUUGGGAUACCAGAACGGGGCCUUUGGCACCUUGAGUUGCCCCAGCCAGCACACCCACACCCACCCGUCGCCCACCAACCCCGGCUACGUGGUGCCCUGUAACUGUACGGCUUGGUCGACGUCCAGUUUGCAGCCUCCCGUGGCCUACAUAUUAUUCCCAGGCAUGACCAAGACUGGAAUAGACCCCUACUCGUCAGCGCACGCCGCAGCCAUGUAA